AUGCUGCUGGCCUUCAGCGCUGGGUUCUCUGUCUACUUCUUCCUGGAAGAUCCAGCGCGUGGUGCACCGACGUUAGAGCAUGCAUCUCUAUCUCCCAAACACUUCACUCCGACCAAAGUUAUCUCCAACGAGGACUCAGGUUCAAACACCAAACUCCUCGAACUAAGGCUCCCAAAACUCUUGCUUCCAAAGGACAAUCCUGAGGAGAUUUUCGCACCUAUAUGGUCCGUAUUCAUCAAGGACGACGACAUCCAGGUGGAACGGCCGUAUACUCCCUUGAAUGGCGUAGAUGAUGACGGCCGCAUGCUCUUCUGGAUCAAGGAGUAUCCGAGUGGUGAAGUUGGAAGAUGGCUGCAUUUAAAGAAGUCUGAGGAUUGUGUAGAAAUCCGCGGGCCUCUCAAAACAUGGAUGUGGAAGGAGGAUACUUGGGAUGAUGUGGUCAUGAUAUCUGGAGGAACGGGGAUCACUCCAUUUGUUCAAUUGUUCAACAAUCACAUAUCAAGAAACCCACCGUCAAAUACACGGUUUACUUUACUCCAUUCUUCACGAACACCCGCCGAACUUCCACCGCCUACGUUGCUAAAUCCCCUCUCGCAGUUUGCUGCUAAACACCCAGACAGGUUUAGAUUCCAUGUCUUUGUGGACGAGCAAGAUGGCUCCAAGGCCUCGGCAAUUGUCCCACCUCUAAAUACCGGAAGGAUAUCGGAAGCUUCUUUGAAGAAAUGUCUGAGUACUGGAGAGGAAUCAAGCUCUUGGUGGACGAGACUAUUCUCCAAACCUCAGGAGGCUCCUCCACGUAGGAUCCUUUUUCUUGUUUGUGGGCCAGAACCCAACACCCAAAGGAUGAUAGGUGCUAUUGCUGGUCCCUACGGCCGGAAUUUUUCUCAAGGUCCUGUGGGCGGAAUUCUCGCAAAAUUGGGAUACAAUGCAGAUCAAGUUUACAAGUUAUAG